GCGAGGCCGCAAGUAAUCGUCGCGACUAGUGACACUCGAAAUGGUAUCUGUUGCAGCGCUGCUAGUCAUCGUGCUGCUGGCUGUGGUCACGCUCGGCCAUGCGGACCUGGAGUCGGAAGUCCCAGGAGUUCCCGGGACGCUAGCGAACGCCAGUGUACCCCAGCUGAGGGCCGCCACCAUUACCGGGGUCUGCGAUGGAACGAAGCAAAUCGUGUGUGCCUCGUGCAGCAGCAUCCGAGUGUGUUUGGGCACCACCCCCGGCCAGGAUGUGACGGUGGUUUGCCCAACCGACCAGCCAUACUGUAACUACGGUACCACCUCGGAUCGCUGCUCCACCGAGCCGAUCCCGACCGUGUGCAGUGAUCCGGCCGCGAACGCUCCCGUCACCUGCUCGGCUGUGGGCAAAUUUCCAGAUGCUAGCAAUUGCCGCAUCUAUCACGGCUGCCUGAGUACGGGGGCCAGCUCAUCGAUCUACACCUGCCCCAGCGGAUACGUCUUCAACCCGGCGGUGGAGCUGUGUGCAUUCGAGAAUGUAUUCUCCCGCUGCGUAACCCUACGCUGUGCGGCCAACUUCGUCGGCCACGUCCGGUACGGUAACUCACUGCGCUUCUACGGGUUCUGCGACGGCACCGGACUGGCUCCGAUCAUGUUCAAGUGCCCGGAUCGGGCCCGCUUCACCUUCGCCACGGGAUCCAGCUUCGGCGAGUGCGUGUACGUGUGCCCGGCCCAGGGCAACUUCCCCAACAGCAACGACCCGGCCACUUACUUCCAGUGCUUCUGGGCCAACAGGCGCUUGCGGUACAACCUGGUGCACUGCCCGACGGGCCUAACAUACAACGCCACUCUGCGGUUCUGCAGUUAAGCUGCCCAGGAAAUGCAGCAGACUUCUGGCGGCCGUAAAGUCCUUACAUUGAACGCCUCACCUAGUUUUUUGAGGAGCUCCUCAAUACGAUAAAAUAAAUUUUGAUCACCCAUUUUCACGAAGUGCACAUACGUUUCGUGUGUGCACAUACGUUUUAGUGUUGUAAUUAAACUAUGAGACAAACCA